GGCCACAUCCGCAUCUUCCUUUCACUUAUAACCGCGACUGCGACUACUAGGGCCACUCCUCAUCGUCCUCUCGUCUUCCACAUUCCCAAUAUGCCUCCUAUGCAUAUGCGUCUAGGUCGUCCCCCGCUGCACGAUCUUCCUCUCGAGCAAUUCUUGCUACCCGACGACAACACUCCAUCGCCUCAUAGAGUGAUCAAGCGUCCGCUUUCUCCUGGUGGCUCGUCUCGUCGCAGCCCUGCCAAACGACGCAUCCUUGCGGUUGACGGCGCAUGCUCGCCGCAGAAAUCGAGCGAGAACCAUGAUCCGUCGUCGCCUCGCACCCGUCGAUCGUCUCGCAGGCUCAGUGCCGCUCUGAAGGGUGCAGACAGCCCCUCCAAGAAACUCGAUUUCAGCCGUCUAAGCGUCAGCAUGGCGGCAGACGAGGAUAUGGAACAGGAGGCUAUGGUCGAUGGGCCCCCUCAGCCCAUUGCAUCCGUAUUGGCGCCCUCACCCGAGUUGCGGCUUAAUAAUGGGAACUCGUUGGGCUCGUCCGCUACGCCUCACGUCCAUGUCACUACCUUCGACGCGCACAUCUCACGCACGCACGUCGUCGGCCCUGUCGUCGGGCAACCGUCCAUAGAGCCAUUGGCGACCGACCCCACGCCACACGAGACCGCUGCACCCGACCGCCAGUCUCCCCACUACCCCGGUUUCGAUGUCUACCGGGACACUUGCAUCACCGAAAAUAGCACUGAGUGCUCCUCUCAGGAUAUGGACGUUGACAUCUGCGGGAGUGCCGACGAUUCGCAGCUCGACCUAGUAGCUAUGCGGAGGGAAGCUGAAAAGGAAAACAUUCAGCCACGGAGGGCGCGAGGCUCCAUGGGACCUCCCGCUAUGCCCGGCGAAGUCGCCUGGGCUAAAGCAGGACUGCUUCCUCCAACUGCACACCGGAAGCUCCAGGACGUAAGGGGCAGACCGCGAUCCCAGCGGGGCAGUAUGGCCUGAGGUCGUGCUCGCGACGCGGAUUAUCCAGGUUCCUAUACGGUCCCAACGCUCGCAAACACAGCCGUCCGCCUCGGACACCUGCCAACGACGACGGCGUCUGCGCGCCUUGCAUCUUUGGAGUGCUGGGACGGACUUGGCCGUGUGCGUUUCAUGGGUUUCUUUGCUGAUAUCGUGUAUUCUUUGUUUAAUAUUUUCCCGUCUCCCCAUCUCAUCAUCACUGCUUGUUUUACAUCCACGACGACACUCUUUCUCGACGUUAUCUCACUAGCAACAAUCUAGGCCUUCCAUUUGCAGGGUGGUACAUAUGUAGUAUACGAGCUGUUCCGGUCAUCACACAUCACGAAAAAAUGUAUGCACAAUAACUUCUACGACAUGUAUGCAUUAUUAUGCUUUAUCCAUCGAACUCUUUCUUGCA